UUCUAAGCCGGGCCAGCGCGUGCGCGCGGGCGGGUGUCGAACAGGUUCCACCUGAUUCGGAUGUGACACCGGCCACGUUGCCUGUGACAGUUUGCUCGCCGUUCGAGCCCGCCGCGUGUACAGCGUUUACUCACACUCGUUGCACCACACCAUUAGUGCUAUCAACUGCGGCAGUGGCGACACGAUGACUCGAGGCAACCAGCGGGAGACGGAUCGCCAGAAGGCGCAGAAGAAGUUGGCGCAAAAGAACAAAGUCAAGGAGAGCGCCGCGUCACUUCAGCAAAGGCGAGAGAAGGACGCUGAGAUUCUCAGACAGAAACAGAAGAAGAAGGAAGAGGAGAAAGCGGCUACUGCUGGCGGCGAUGCGAAGAAAUAACAUCAAUGCUGGGAGGGUUCCCAUCGUUCACAAUAGAGGGACCGGCGCCACCGGGGACGUCGACGUUGGUCUUGGACGUGCGGGC